CUAGCAACGUGCAGCCCAGAAGAGCUAGAAGACACCGAAGUCUCCAUCGAAGGGGGAGAUGAAGCCAGCAGGGCCGUGACGGACCUUGCCUUACCGCCUUCCGAAGUUGCAGCACGUAGGCAGGCGAUUAAGAACAAGAUUCUUGCGGUUGGAAAGAUGCAACGGGUCUUCCAACUUCUUCGCUCCGCCGAGAACACGUCAGAAUUGGCUGCGGUUGCAGGAGAGGAGUCCAUCGCUGGUCUGGGCCAUGUCAGGUCAGAUUUACUCACAGCGCAAGGGACACAAAUGAGGCACCAUAUUCGCAACUUUGCCGACGCUCGCCGCUCAGAUCUACUGAAUGAGCGUCUGCCGAUAUUC